AUGCCAAAGACAAGGAAGAGUAAAGGUAAAGGAAAGGAAGUAGAAGUGGUAGUUGGUAUACCCAAUCGGGCGAGACAACAAAGUGAGGCUCUAGAUGAGUCUCUAUCACAGACAUCUCCAACCCCUCCAUCUGUUGAUGUACCAGGAAGGAGUGAAAAUCCCCCAGAACCACCUGUUGAUGCUUCUGUGCAGGAUUUGAGAAAUGCAGUUCAACUGUUGACUCGUAUAGUUGUUGGCCAAGGUCAAAGACAAGAAGGCCCAGUUGCAGGUGCAGUUGGUGCAGGUAGGGCAGCCAGUACGAGAAUACGUGAUUUCCUUAACUUAGACCCUCCAUCAUUCACUGGAUCAGAUCCAAAUGAAGAUCCACAGGAUUUUAUUGAUCAGAUCCAACGCACCUUAGAUGUUAUGCAUGUGAGUGGUUCAGAAGCUGCUAAGUUGGCAAUAUAUAGAUUGAAGGGUGUGGCUAUAUUGUGGUACGAAGCCUGGAAGCAGUCCCAAGGCAUAGAUACACCUCCAACUACUUGGGAGGAGUUCAAAAUGGCCUUUGUUGAUCAUUACUUGCCAUUAGAGAUCCGAGAGGCCCGUGCAGAUCAGUACGCUCCUAAUGUUGUUGCUACUAUGGCAGAUAGAGUCCAUCGGUAUGUGGAUAGGUUGGAUUCAUAUUUGGUUAGAGAUUGUACCAUUGCUUCUUUGAAUAAAGACAUGGAUAUAGCGAGGAUGCAAGCUUUUGCACAGAAACUGGAGGAUCAGAGACAAAGAAGGAGGGCACAAGAGAUAGAAAGGGGGCAAUCCAAGAGGGCCAGAUCUACACGACAGUUUACACCACCCCAGGGUGAGUUUAGGCCACGAUUUUCUAACAGGCCACCCAGGCCAUCAUCCUCUUACUCUACAGUUAGUGCUCCACCACAACUUCAAGGGUCUAGAAAUGAUCAAUUUGGGCAGAGAAGUGAGGGCCAAGGUACACGGAUAACAAGAUAUUCGGGAAGCCAGCAAAUGCCUUCUAGGCAGCCUUGCAGACAAUGUGGGAGAUAUCAUAUAGGUGCGUGUCGCAUGGGAACAGAUGUUUGUUAUUGGUGUGGUAUGCCAGGGCAUGUAAUAAAAGAUUGCCCAAGAAGACACAGGGGUGAUAUGGCACAACCUACUGGGUCAGCUGUUGCAUCAUCAUCAUCAGUGCCUCCAUCAGGUAGAGGUGAGCAAUUUCCUAUAGGUCGCGGCAGAGGUAUUAGAGGGGCAGCUAGUCUCAGCGUGGCCCAAAAUCGCACAUAUGCUCUAGGGACUCGACAGAACCUGGAAGCUUCACCCGAUGUGGUUAUAGGUACAUUAUCCAUUUUCUCACAUAAAGUGUAUGCAUUAAUUGACCCUGGUUCUACAUUGUCAUAUAUUACUCCAUUAGUUGCUGGGAAGCUUGGUAGAACACCUAAAUUAUUGAAUCAACCACUUGCGGUGUCUACACAAACUGGGGAGUCAAUUAUAGCUAGAAGAGUCUAUUGUGACUGCAUAGUGACUAUCUGCGACCGAGAUACAUUAGCUGAUCUUAUCGAGUUAGAAAUGGUAAAAUUUGAUGUUAUAAUGGGUAUGGAUUGGUUGGCUUCUUGCUAUGCCACCGUUGACUGCCGAACCAAGAGAGUGUACUUUCACUUUCCAAAUGAAGCAGUCCUUGAAUGGGAAGGCAAUAUUGGGGGACCAAAAGGGAGGUUUAACUCUUAUUUUAAAGCUAGAAAAAUGAUAUCAAAGGGAUAUAUAUGUCAUCUCGUUAGAGUGAGAGACGUGGAGGCAGAAUCACCAACUAUCCAGUCUAUUCCAAUAGUGAAUGAAUUUAUUGAUGUCUUUCCUGAGGAACUCCCUGGUUUGCCUCCAGAACGAGAAAUAGAUUUUGGUAUUGACUUAUUACCAGGCACUGAGCCUAUCUCUAUCCCUCCAUAUAGAAUGGCCCCGGCAGAAUUACGUGAAUUAAAGGAGCAACUGAAAGACUUGUUAGAAAAGGGGAAAGCAAAUGUGGUGGCUGAUGCUCUAAGUCGUAAGACACUCAUGGGUACCAGUGAUCAGAAAGGGGUAAAGUAA